AUGGUGGUGAUGCCCCUGCACGACUGCUCCGUGACGCAGCGCAUGAAGAUGCAGGGCAAGCCGCUCCGGCUCGACCAGCGGCUCCGCAUCUGCCGCAACGUCUUCCGCGGCCUGGCCGACCUCCACGCCGCGGGCUUCUCCCACUUCGACAUCAAGCCGCAGAACAUCCUGCUGAAAACGCAGCACGGCCCCGCCGUGCUCGGAGACUUCGCGCUCGCGCGUGAGACGAACAAGACGCUCGGGACCACGCAGCGCGGCAGCCCCUUCGGAACGGUGAUCUACGCGCCGCCCGAGCAGAUGGACCGGGACGCGGCAGUGCCUCCGGGGCCCCACUCGGAUAUGUGGGCGGCGGCCGCGACGUGCUGCGAGAUCCUGUCCGGCAAGCCCCCGUACAUGGGCUUGACUCAAGUUCAGGUUAUCACCGAGAUGAUGGUGCGCCGGAAGGCGCCGGCGGUCCCGGAGGGCUUCCCCGCGGAGCUCAGAGCCUUGCUCGCGGGCUGCUUCAACUUCGACGCGCGGCGGAGGCCGACGGCGAUGCAGGCGCUGGAGGUGAUGGCGAGGGUUAGCGAGGGGGACUUUUCGGGGACCGUGGGCUUCGGAGACCCCGCGACGCCGUCGUCGUCUGGGACAGUGUCCGUGGACGCCGCGGAGGGGGAUGACGAGGCGCAGCGCAGGGAGGAGGAGCGCCUGGAGGCUCAGCGCCGUGAGGCGUUGCGCAUCAACGCAGAGAGGAUAGAGCAGGCGCGGCGCGAAGCGGAUGCGGCGCGUCGGAUCGCGGAGCAGGCGCGGCGCGACGCAGAGCGCAAGGAAGCGGAGCGCCGGGAGGCAGUGCGCAGGGAGGCGGAGCGCAGGGAGGCGGAGCGCCGCGAAGCCGAGCGCCGGGAGGCAGCGCGCAUCGAGGCGGAGCGGAAAGAAGCGGAGCGGAAGGAGGCAGAACGUCGCGAGGCGGAGCGGCGCGAGGCGGAGCGCAAGCAGGCCAAGCGAGAGAAGGACAAGCGCAAGAAGGCCGAUCGCAGGGAGGCCAAGCGUCGCGAGGCGGAGCGACAGGAGCUCGUCGCCGCGGAUGCGCCUGGCGGCUCGGCGGCGCGCCCCGUGCACGCUGUGCGCGUGACACAGCAGACGGUUCACGACCCCGACACCGGCGUGAUUACGACACGCAGUCACCGACAGGAGAUCAAAGGGUGCGGAGAUGCACUUGAGAGCAUGUCUCUCGAGCACAGCCGCAUCUCGAGCAGUGGCCUCGGUCUGCUGUCUCACGGCAGUAACGUGCUGUCCCACGCCAGCAACGUGCUGUCUCAGGGCGGCGGUCUGCUGGGCGGUGGCAUGGGCGCGGGUCUGUUCUCGGGUGGUGUUGCACACGCGCCCCGAGCCGAGACCGCGGGCGGCGGGGGGGUGCGGCCUUGCCGGUACGGCAAGAACUGCAAGCGGCCCGUGUGCACCUUCGGUCACUGA